ACAUUUAAUCGUUACAUAUUAUUUACAAUAGUAAAAGUUUGUGAUUAGAAAAUCUAAUUCGCUCGUAUAACAAGAUCUCCUCGUAUCGUCGUUAAUUCUCGAUAAAAUUGUUUUUGUUGGCAAGGAAUGUUAAUUACAAAUACGGUCACGGUGGAGCUACAGGAGGUUUCUAUUCUGCUUCGUUUCCAGAGGCUUUCGUAGCCCGCGGAUGAGAGCGAUCGCGAGAUCUUGCCGUGUUCUCGCGGGGUCACGUGACUCGCGGUCAGACAGUUAUUUUUUUAGGCAUGAUGGCGCCAAACAGCAGUAUCCACAUUAAUGUAAAUAUAAUAUCGAUUCGGUGCACCGCGCGAGGAAGAAAGCCAUCGGGUGUUCUUACGGAGGCUAUUUGAGGGCGUCGAGCGAGCUCGACAGGAGCCCUCGGCCCAAGAACUCUGAGAGGAAUCCGCUUUCUAGAUAAUAAAUACAUGGACGACUAUGUAGGUGCGCGCGGCUCACCUGCACGUGCCACGUAUCGCUAGCUCACUUGGUAUAGUAGAAUGGCACAGCGAGGCAAACGAAUAAAUAGAAACGACAAUGAUUUGGCGUCUUGCCCAGGCGCAAUCAAAAGGCGCAAAUGUAGGCUGGGUCCAGCGACGGGUACGACGUCGCUGGCAGCUACCAUGGGCCCCUCAGAAGAGGAGGAGACGAUGGCGUCGUCCAGUCAAGGAGGGGCAUCCUGGACCCCCAGACCUCUCAGUGACAUCAAAAUCUCUAGUAUAUACAAUCGCUCCUCCGCCGAGGCUCCUGCAGAAUUAUUUCGUAAGGAUUUGAUCAGCGCCAUGAAAUUACCUGACAGCGAGCCGCUAAGUCCCAAUGAAUAUUGGGUUAUCACCGAUCAGUGGAAGCAAGAAUGGGAGAGAGGUGUUCAAGUACCUGUUAACCCAGACUCCCUUCCUGAACCUACAGUUACUAUCACGCAGGCAGCACCCGUAAAACAACACACUGAAUUCAAACUACCUAAAAAAUUCGUAAGGAUAUCUCGCGACGAUUACUUCAGUCCUGAAGAUCAUCAUUUAAGCACAACACCGGCACGAGCAGAAAAAGCUUGUGCUUAUGACCUUGAUGACACUGAUAUAGCUUGGUUGGAUGUGUUAAAUGGCGAACGUGCACAGUCUGGUCAGUUGCCAAUCACGGAAACACAAUUGGAGCGCGUGAUAGAGGAACUGGAAGUUCGUUGUUGGGAAAGAAUACAGACUAUUGUAAAAAACGAGGAAGGUCUUGGUAUCGAGUAUGACGAGAACGUAAUCUGUGAUGUCUGUAGAUCUCCUGACUCCGAGGAAGGGAAUGAAAUGGUAUUUUGCGACUGCUGCAAUAUAUGCGUGCAUCAAGCGUGUUAUGGAAUUACUUCGAUACCGGAUGGUUCCUGGCUAUGCAGAACCUGUUCUCUAAGUCAACGACCAGAUUGUGUUCUCUGUCCUAACAAAGGUGGUGCUAUGAAGUGUACUCGUAGUGGCCAAAAGUGGGCUCAUGUCUCUUGUGCUUUAUGGAUCCCUGAAGUCAGCAUUGGUUGUGUCGAAAGAAUGGAACCUAUCACUAAAAUAUCCAGCAUUCCGCAAAGUCGAUGGGCCCUGAUAUGUGUGCUGUGUCGAGAAAGGGUCGGUGCUUGCAUCCAGUGCAGUAUAAAGACAUGCAAGACGGCUUAUCAUGUGACGUGUGCCUUCAAGUAUGGCUUGGAAAUGAAGGCAAUCAUCGAAGAUGAAAUGGCCGACGAUGGAGUAAAAUUAAGGUCAUACUGCCAGAAACAUAGUAGAACGAAUACGAAAGAUAAAGUUCAAGGCGCGGGAGGCAAUAUAGGAAGCGGAGCUGAGAAAGCAGGAUCGGACUCUGAAGACGCAGAAUCCAGAAGGCGCAAGAGGAAAGAUAUGACUUCUGAGGAGAAAAAUCAAGCUCGUGCUGCAAAAUUGCAAGAAAUCGAAGCAGAAUUCGAUAAACAUGUGAGUUUGAAGGAUAUUGCUUCGCAGCAGUUGGACGUGGAUCCCGAAGGCAUUGUCUACAUUUAUAAUUAUUGGAAACUAAAAAGAAGAGCUGGUCACAACAAGCCAUUACUGGCACCACGUUGUGGAGAACUUUCUGGUAGUGGAUCGCGUAAUCAGGGACAAGCUGCUGAUCUCGAAAAGAUGAGGACGUUCGUUCAACUACGUCAAGAUUUGGAGAGAGUCAGAAAUCUGUGUUACAUGGUCGGCAGAAGGGAAAAACUUUGCCGAUCUUUCCUUAGAUUGCGAGAACAAACCUUUCAUAAACAAGCUUUGGUAAUGUCUGGCCCACCAUUACCGUCAGCUGCUGCCGCUGCUGUAAUGGAAGCCAAUCACGGGCCUUCGAUCUAUGAUCGGCUGUAUUCUCAUCCCGACUCGGAAGAUCACACUCACGACUUUGACUUAAUUGUUGCCAGAAUCGCUGGUAUAGAUUCACCGACCAGCGACGAGAAGAAGCCGCAACAACAGCAACAACAACAACCUCCCCAACAACAACAAGACUUCAAUGGUGCCUCCAGUAAAAAGUUGUAUUUCAACGGCUCCGUCCGAAGAAAGAACCUCUACGGCAGUGAUCUAUCGUCCGUCAGUAGCAGUGAAACAGAUGCGACGAAGGUGAAAACAUCGGAAAAAUCGAAGAACUUGAAGCUGGAAAGUGAGUCAAGCACAGAAGAGGAAACCAACGUUCCGUCGAAAACGAAGUUAUCGCGUAGAAAGACAAAAAAGACUGCUCAACAAGUGGACAAGUUGCAUUCAACGCUUAAAGAGAACAGUGAGAACGAGAAACUCGUGAACAGUAGAUCGCACACACUUCAACACAUGGAAAAGGAGUUAGGAAGCGCUUCCGGUAGUGAAAGUGACGAAUUGCUGCCGUUGAGUGCCGGAGGUACGAAACACGUUGUUGCUUCAGCCAUUUAUUCAGACACCGACUCCGAUUCUCAAGAACACGCGUCUCAUUCGGCAGUGCUAAUCACGAAAGCAGCCGUCAAGGAAUUUUCCGCGGCGAACCUGUCGAAAAAUUCGCAGAAGAGCUUUGGUAAAGAUUCUAGGCACACGGAGUCAACGUAUCACAAUACAGGAACGAAAAAUAAAGAAAAUCAAAGUAAAGGCGGUGCUAAAAAGAAGGAGUACAUACCAUCCGCGUUGAUCGUGCCGCAAAGACAGGCCGCGAAGAAAGCAUCCGAAAUUAUGCAACGUACGCAACAAACCAAGAAGGACAAUUCAGUGCCCGAGGUUACGUCAGAAGCGGUUACAUCUCCCGUGGAGGAGCUUCCUAAAUGUUCCACGAAACAAUCAAAAGAGAAGAGUCCGAGCAAGAAGCAGAGAGAGAAUAAGCCGUCGAAAGAAACAAAGAAUAACGAUGUGUACGAUUUUGAUAAGGAAUUUGGAGAUGGAACGGAGAUCUUGGCGUACGUACCUCAAAGGCAGGCUGCAAAGAAAGCUGCAGAACACAUCAAGAGUGGAAUGGGUACUAAGCCUGCUACGCAAAUCGAACAACAAGAAAAUCCCGAUGGACGGUCGAAAAAGGAAUCUCCAGAGAGUGGUAAAAGAAAGGAACCUAGGAAGGAAGAUUCUUCUUCUAGAAAAGACGAACUUCCUUUAAGGAAGGAAGAAACUUCCUCGCCAUCGUCAUCUUCUUCUUGCUGUUCUUCAUCCUCUUCGUCUUCUUCAUCGUCGUGUUCUUCUUCAUCCUCCUCGUCAUCUCGGAAAGAAGUUUCGUCUGGUAAAGAAGAAUUGGUCGCGAAGAAGGAAGAGCCCUCGUCCAAGAAGGAAGAAGUUCUUUCGAAGGACAAUUGUUCCAGGAGACCUAGGAAACCAAGUGAACGAAAAUCUGUACUCUCGAGUAACAGCGACAGUAACAGUAGUAGCAACAGUUGCAGUAGCUCCACUGGAAGCAGUAGCGAUUCCGAGAGUCCGGCACGUAGGAGACUCUCGAACGAACUUAAGGAAGCUUCUGCUUCCACUACUUCCUCCGAGAGCGACGCUGGUAACAGAACGAAAACAAAAACGACCACGACAAUGGUUGCUGCCGCGGCAAAUAGAAAGCAACAUCCUAGUAAAACGUCACCAGACCAAGAAGCUGACAAGAAACCAAUCUCAGGGCGGAAACUCAAGAAGCUGCCCGAGAAGAAGCUUAAAACUUCCGACGGGCGGCGGGGACCAGAGUUUCAGCCGCCUUCUGAGAGAGAGGAACCUCGUAGAACCUCCAAGGAUCAACAUCAACAACAGAAACAACAGCAACAACAGGAGGCAACUGUCAAGAAGCAGGAUCAAAGAGACAAUAAAAAGCAACAACCACCAGCAGGAACGGAGGGUAAUGAGGAUCUGCUCACUGGGGCUGGAGAUCAUGAUGGGUCGAGAAGUGUUUCUGGGUCCAGACCUACCAAGAAGUCGAGUCAAGCUGCUAAACAACAAUCCUUAUCAAGAAAAGAGGACAACAAGAACAAGUCUGAGGGUAGAAAACGAAAACCAAACGAGUCCGUCGCUAAAGAUGAGAAGAAAGAAACGGUUAAGAAGCCGGAGAAACGGUUGAGCGAGAAACAACCUUCCAAGGAGACCGAGAAGAAGGACGAAGAAGAGAGUAGAAAGGACGAACAGAAGGUUAUCGAUCUAGAGAAGAGCGACGAAUGUACGGACAGUUCGUCGAAGAACGACGAGAAGAAAGUUAAGAAGCUCGCGGGUAAAGACGCGGUGAAUAUCUUGGAGGAAGAGAUGAAACAACGCAGAGCUGAGAGGGACAGUCCGAAGAAAUCGUCGAGAGGUUUGGACAAACUUCUGGAGAAACGCGAACAUCUGGACAAGAUGUCCAAGAGCAAGAAUGCGGAAGUUAAACAGGAGAUGACCGUUUGCGAGGAAGAGAAAGAAGAGAAAGAGCCCGUGGAAGAGAUUCAACAACCGAAGGAAAGUAUAAAGGACGAGGAUCGUAAGAACCAUGUGAACGAGGGUGUUAACACGAUCAUCGAGAAACCGAAAGUCGAAGAGCAGUUGGAGGAAGAAGCGAUAAAGAAAGACAUCGCCGAGGCGCCACAACUGGAGAAGACUACAUGUGGAAAGAAAAAGUCCGAGAGAAGUUUGGAAACCACCAUCGAAUCACAGACUACGGAGAUUCUCGUUCCCGUGGAGGAGAACCUUCAGAAAGAAAUCAUCGAAGAAGACCCCGCCAAGUCUGUCGUGGACAAGAUAGAAACUUUGGAGAAGGAGCAUCAGAAGAGGCGGAAGUCCGGGAAUCGAUCGAUCUUCUCGCCACAGCACGGCAAGGAUCCAAGCGUGUCGGAAUUGUUCGAUUUCGAUCAGGACAUGCUCACGGAGGAGAUGGUGAACGAAGACGGUUUCGGUAUAUCGAGGGAUCCAGAGGAGCGAGCCGCGCCGUUGAGUUUCUCUUUCAACAACGAACUGUGGUUUAAGGAAGACUCGAAGGAGGACAGCGCCAGGGAAACUCUGCAUCUCGUCGAAAAAUUGCGUAUGGAGCUCUCGAAGAAAUCAAAUUCUAGUCAGUUCGAGUUAGAGGCAGUACCUGUAGACAGCGAAAUAAAAAAGGAAGAUCCAACGACAGAGAAAGCGUUCGAGCAACAACAGCUGCAGCAACAGCAGCAACACUUGCAGCAGUCGCAACAGCAGCAGCAUAAUCAGCAAUUAGAGAAAGAGACAAAGAUUCUCGAACCCGCGGAAUUAGUUUUGGAUGCGAAGAACAGCGUCGAGAUGCCCGUAGAAGAGGUAGCUAUUAUUGAAGCCCGUCCCGGUAGCUGUAAAGACACCAUCGAGGAGAAAAGAAAGACAUGCUACACCAGCAGUAACGAUAGAUACACGGCCUACGAAGAGGAUCGCGAAACGAACAAGGUCAGUCUGGUGGAACGAUCGAAGCUGGACCGUGCGGAAACGGACGAGAGAUGGGUUCCUCCGAGCAUCAAUAGUUUCGAACAUAGCGACGUGCAACACCUGAACGCUUUAAUGGAGACCCAGAAUCAUCGAUACGGCAACCAUCAGUUCUCCAACGAGUCCAUUCAGGAGAACGAAUCGCUCACUCGUUCUCAUUUGAACGCGGCGGCUAUGCAGGAACAGUAUCUUCUGCAGCAACCGCACACGCUGCUCCACGGCCAGCAAGAAUCCCACGAGAGGACGAUUCUCGAUCAACAAAUCCCCGACGAGAACCCUAUGGAAAUGAUGAACAGACAUCUGAUCGGAUUGCCAGCUUCGGAGGACGAUCAGGCAGCCGAGAUGAUGGAUAGAGUGCUCGAAAAGGAGGACGAUGUCGUCAGGCAGCAGGAAUACGAUCAGAAUUCUCCGUACAACGACGUAAACGGCCGACCAGACACCAGAUGGGCGGAAAGCCAAGUUCUGCCGUCCCGUAGAUCAACGUCUUCGUCGAUCACUUCCGCUUCCUCCGCGGAGGAUCAUUCCAUUCCACCAUUCAAGAAUGUCCCGAGCAUUUCUUUUCCGCCAUGUUCCAUGGAACCGACGUAUUACGCGGACUCGAGUUACGGCACGGGUCCUGUGUCGUUGUUCCCGCCUCAAUCUUGCGCAGCCCCGUUGCCAUACCCUUCUCCCGGACCAGCCCUCUUUCCGCCCGCGUUCGGGGCAGCUUUUCCAGCCGCGCAGUCGUUGUUGCCACACGUAAAACCGCUCGAGGACUCGUUAAACCUGCAAGCCUCUCCGUGCACCGCUGCGUUCACGUCUUCCUCGCACAAUAUGGCGCUCACCGCUGCCAUGGUCUCGCCCACAAAGAUAGCCACUCCACCACCGCCGCCUCCUCCACCGCCUCCCCAGGUCGCCCCACCCGUCGAAACCAUCGAUAGGACGCAACAACAACCGCAAACGCAGGUCACCGACUCGCCAUCUCUGCCUAUCAACUUCUUGAACACCGUCGCUCCAGAGAGUCACGUUGCCGAUCCGAUCGUCGAGACCCUGCAAGAAGCCUUAACCGACAACAAGACCCAACACCCCGGGAAGAAAUCGCCUUCUAAGCCUACCAGAACCUCCGCUCGAGUGACGUCGCUGCAAGGAAAGUCGCCAGGGAAGUCCCCGCGGCAGGAACCCCAGAGGACGGUCUCUGGAGCACGUGGACGUGGCAGAGGUGCCAAGAGUUCGGCCCAACACUCCAGUUACAGGAGUCGCGGGCGUGGACGAGGGAGAGGACGAGGCAGAAGCGUCCAGAACGCUGGGCUCUCGUUGGUCUCCGGCGCAAUCGUCGGCCAGCACGAUGAUUCUAUUCAAAACAAACUCGUGGGCACCGUCUACGACUUCGAUUCCGACGAAGACUCCACCAGCGAGGCGAACAUUGCUGACCUGCGCACCAUGAGGGAAAGGAAGAAGUCUACUGAUGCCGCGACCGCAGGCGUGGAGAGGAGAGACACCACCGUCGUGGCUUCAGAAGCGGUUCAGACGAAACUCUCCAGUCCUGGAGGCGCGAGGAAGUAUCUGGAAGACAGGAGACUCUCUUGUUCUCCAGGUCGCGACGACUCCGCUAUCGUAGAAAGCGAGUCAAACGCCGGGCAAAGCUUCGAUGCCGUCCUACCACUCAUUCCUGGCCCCGUCGACAUGAGGACGUACAACUCCACCCUCGAUGCUUCGAGCUCUUCCACGUUGCACGGUCAGACCUACGAGAACCAUUUCCUGCGCACGUUUACCAGCGUCUCUACGAGCGACCCCGCCCUUCCGGAUAUCGAGGAAGACCUGGACAAAGAGCUGAGGUUGAUAGGGAAACAGGGACAGGAGGACUGCUCGAAGCCGAGCUUCGAUGCGAGCAUCGACGCUUCGUCCUCCGGUUUCGUCGACGCCAACAAGGUCUCUUUGACGGACUCGAGGAAUCAGCUGAAGGUCAAAAUCAAAGGGCCGUUCUUGGACGCGAACUACGUACCCGCCUCGUCGGUACCGCCUCUGGCUCAACAAGCGCCUGUAAUCAUCGCUCCAGCCGCCACCAGUGCUUCUGUCGCGUCGGGCACCUCGAAUCUCCGACGAAUGAGGAAGAAAGAGCUGCUCAGGCAGUACUGUUCCCAGGACAUGAACAUGGACGAGCCAGGGUCUGGUAAUCUGGCAACGUCCGCGCCGAUCAUCAUGCCACCGAUUAACCGCACGGUGAUCACCAUACCGAAGGCGGUGGCGUCUAUGACCAGCAUACCCACCAGAGAGGACUACAAGGCUGUCGUCGAUGCCAACAUGGAGAAGAAACGAAGAAAAGAAAGACCAGCAGGGUUCCUGGACGCCAACGAGGAGGAGGGACCCAUGGAGAGACGGCGGGGUAGUGCUACUAACGGUGCCAGUUCCAGCGGCAACGUCACGGUCGGGAACACCGACCGUAGACGAGGCAGGCAGAGUAGCGGCGGUAGAUCGACGACGACCACCACGUCGACCACCACCACGAACAGCGGCCCACCGAAACUCAAGAUCAAGAUCGGCAACAGCAUAAUCGGCGGCCAGGAGACCGGCCAGGAUGACAGGACGAGGAUCAGGCCUCCCAAGAAGCGGUUGAGCAGCAUACCUAGCAGCACUCCUAGCAUAGAGGAGCUGCGCAGGGAAAGCAUGAAGUUCAGGCGUAUGAUCAUGGCCGGUUUCGACAAUGACGAGAAGCUCCGGGCGAAGAGUAAAAAGGACAAGAACGGUAAAAGGAAGAAACGACAGUCGAGCAGGAAAGAAGCCAGGGUCCGUAUCCUCGAAGGUGGAGCUGCCCCGCCUAAGCUGAUUAUCAGAUUAGGUAAAGGGAACGAUUCGCCGGACGAACUGCCGAUCCUGGUCACGGACGAAGAGGAAGAGGAGGAGGAGGAGGAGGAACGUAAUCCAACCGACAGCAGGGUAGGGCCACCACCGCCUGAGCCUGCCAAGGACGAGACCGUUUACCCAGCGGUAGUCGCCACCAUCGAGGAGAAGCAGCCUACGGAUCCAAACACUGGUGGCAGCGCGCCCAGGAACGUUCGUUCGGCCAAGGUCACGCCAAUCAGGUUAAAAUUGACGCGUUGCCAGGAGGGCUACGAGCUGAAGGGCUCGCCUGUCCACGGCGAGGAGUCCGCUUCGACGACGGAGAAACCGCCGAGUCCUGAACCAACGAACGAGGAGACGAGGGAUCCGCCGGUUAAGAAUCAAGAGGAGGACUCCUCCAGGGAGGAGGAAGACGACGAAGAAGAAGAGAGCAAUAGCAAUUCCGUGCAAAGAGACUCCACCGCGUGUCCUGCCGCGACAAGUAUACCGCAGGGAUGCCAAGUUAGGUGAUAAUUAAUGAUACUCGUGGAGUAAUGGAGCAGAGGACACGGUGCUCGUAACGAUAGUUUUACGGUCGAUCGAAACGGACUCGAUACAAUAUACGCUUACCGGUUGCUAGCCGUGAAAGCGCGUUGCCGUGAUAAGGUGGAAAAGCGUUCCGCAAGGUACAGUUUUCUUUUUACAAAACAAAUAAAAAUGAACGGAGAUUUACGAGGAACGUCGAGCAACUAGGAAUGUUCGGUUGAGAGCUUUGUUAAGAUGACACUGUGCUGUGGCUGUAUCGCCAAUACUAAUUCCAUAUACUAGUAAUCUAUUCUUCUAUCCGUCUAUAAAGUUGUAUCAGCGGUAAAUGUUAUAGGUAUCUGUUAUACACAUGGCGUAAUAUGUUUCUUUAACUCAUAAUUGUCAAUUUACUUAAAAUCCAAUUAUUUAGUCAGUUUCUUUCUUUUAAGUUAAAAUUGUAUUUCGUAUUUACGUUUCAGCACGCUAUACUUUGUUUCUCAGAGUGUUUACGGCUUCGUAUAUCCCACAGGUAUGUUGAUAGAUAUACCACGACGCACAAUGUCAUCUACAUUAUCUUUCAUCCGAACGUUUUUAAUUAUUCCACGCUGAUUUUAAAGGAAUUUUCGCACUAACUCGGCUGUAGCAUUCGGGAGGAGUGCUUGAUUGUAACAAGGACUAUUAAAAUUCUAAUUAUGCUUAAUAGAUAAUAUAAAUUUUUAUUAAACUCUUAUAUUACACUGUUAAAGUAUAUGUAUUUUUUUUUAUAACGUUUAUCCAAAAAGAAUACCAAUAAUGUAGUGAUUAUUUGAAGGAUAUUCUUUAUUUUAAUACUUUAUAUUAUUUAUCUCAAUAGCUCUCGAGUUCUCAAUUUUUAAGAAUGGUUUCAUCACCCCGACUCUCUUCUCUCUUAAAAAAACAUAACUGCCAACAACUUCAAAAAGUAUGUCAUAAAAAUCAGCAUGCAAGGAUAAAACGAUGUUCCUUGUUGUUCUCACGAAAUGUCUUUAUUUACGGUGACACACGUUGUUGGGUUUAGUGGAAAAAAAAACUGAACAAACGUGUUUCUUUAAAGAAUUAAGAUUGUGAGAAUGAAAAUCAUUGAUAAUUAUCGUUUCUGCUUUACAGAUAAUCCAGUACAUGGGCGAGAAAUUGAUCGCGUUAAAAGGCCCAAUGUUUUGAGAAGGGAAAUAGUUAGGAGUGCGCGGGUACCCGAAACUUCCUAUCAGAAUCGAGUUACAAUUGAAGAAGUUUCUUACUAUGGAAGUACUCCAGUCUAUUGCGAAAGUAUUCGAACGAUUAUAGCCAAAACUUGUAGUAAACAGAAUAUGUAAGUUAUACAUGAAGAUUUCAAGGUACUGCUGCGACUGCGAUAAAACUCAAAUAUCGAGAUUAUAUUGACAAAAUUUUAAGUUGAAAUUGAGCGACGCUUAUUAGGAAAACAUGGUGUACACAAAGGAUAGGAAAAUAUUCGAACAUGAAUUGUUGUUGUGUUUUUUUUUUUUUUUGUUUUUUUUUUACAUUAACAUUUUGCUCGUUUGAGCGAGGCAGCUAUUACUUUUAACGUCGCGCUGUUUGUUGUACAAUCUGAGUGAUACGAGGUCCCGUCACCGAUGAUCGAGUACUGUUUACUUCGGGUACCCGUAACCCUCUAACGACUAUUAUUUCUGCAUUACAGAUAAUUCAGUUUUACGUACUUGUUAAUCCAGAAAAA